AUGAUUACAGUCACCUACGCUGCUCUUACCGGCCUCCUGGUCCUGGUCUACUUUGUGAUAUGGCCUGUCUUUGAGUACUUUCGGGACCCCAAGGGUCUCCGCCGGUACCCUAACAUGUCCUUGUUCUCCGGCAUGUCGGCGAUUCCCUUCAUGUUGAUGGCCUCUCGCAAGUUCCGCUCGAGGGAACUCCAGGAACUGCACCAAACACACCCUGUCCUUCGCACUGGCCCCAACACUCUCUCCUACGGGGAUGUCCGCGCGAUCAAGGACAUCUAUGGCCACAACACCCGCUGUAUCAAGGACCCGUCCUACAUCGUCUCCGCCGGUUCACAUUACCAUCUGGCGGAUGUGAUCGACCGGCCUGACCACUCUCGCAAGCGCAAGGUCCUGUCAUCUGCGUAUGCACUGAAGAACCUCGAGACAUGGGAGCACAAGGUUAGCGACAAGAUCGCCCGCCUGGUCAAGCACUUUGACAGCAUCUGUACCGCCCCUCUUCCUGCUGGUCAGGAGAAGCCCGACCCCGCCGACCUCACCGUCGACUUCCGGGCGUGGACGAACUUCUUCAGUCUCGACGCCAUCGUGGAUAUCGGUCUCAGCGAGAAACUCAGCUUCCUAGACCAGGGCAACGACAUGUGCACAGCCGAACGCAAGGACGGCACAACAUACAGAACAUCCCUCCGCGAAGCUCUCUACCCAAACGCAAGAAAGCAAUCUCUCAUCAUCUGGAACUACGGAUGGUACCCCAUCAUCAACAAGUGGGUGAACAUUAUCCCCUACUUUGCCAAGAUGCAAAAGUCUGGCGACACAUGGGAAGACAUCGUCUGGCACCACGCCAUGCAGCGGCGCCGGCGCUACGAAGCCGGCGAAAAGCUCGACGACUUCUUCUCCGCGCUGAUGGACGACAAAGCCGGCAAACCGCACGAACUGGAAUGGGGCGAGGUCUCCGCCGAAAUCAACAUCAUGAUGAACGCGGGCUCCGUAACAACCGCCAUCGCAAUCACAAACGUUAUGUACCAGCUGUUGAAAAACCCGCAGACGCUCGAGAAACUCCGCGAGGAAAUCGACUCAGUCUACGACUCCGAGGACGAGGUCGUCGCCUCCUACGAUAAAGUAAAACACCUGCCCUACCUCCGCGCCUGUCUCGACGAGUCCCUCCGGAUCUUCCCCCCAACCUCCCACGGCCUCCCUCGCGAAACACCACCUGAGGGAUUGGAAAUCCUCGGCCAGUGGGUCCCCGGAAACACAUCCGUCAGUAUGUCUGCGUACGUCGCGCACAGAGAUGAGAGAGCUUUCCCACAGGCACACCUGUACAAGCCUGAGCGGUGGCUCGGCGAGGAAGGAAAGGCGCUGGGGCCAUACUUUGUUGCAUUCAGCGCAGGCGCUCGAUCGUGCAUUGGUCGGAACAUCUCGUACCUGGAGCAAACAGUUAUUCUUGCGACGCUCGUGCGGAGGUAUGAGUUUGCGCUGCCGGAUAAAGACUGGGAGCUGCAGAGGGAGGAGACGAUGAAUUUGAUCUUGGGUGGUAUGCCUGUUAAGGUCUGGCGGAGGGAGCUUGAGGUUGAUGCUUAA